GAUCGGGGCUUUGCGUUGGCUGCGGCCUGGCAUCAAAGGGGUGGCCCCGGCGGAGAGCAACCCAGUGGCCCAGGCGAUUAUGGACCCGGCCGAGGCGGUGCUGCAGGAGAAAGCGCUCAAGUUUAUGGCUGCAGUUCCGGCUGGUGGAUAUUGGAGGAAUAAUAAAAAGUGCUCUAUGCCCAGGUCUCUGUGGCUGGGCUGCUCCAGCCUGGCGGACAGCAUGCCUUCGCUGCGAUGCCUGUAUAACCCAGGGACUGGCGCACUCACAGCUUUCCAGAAUUCCUCAGAGAGAGAAGACUGUAAUAAUGGAGAACCCCCUAGGAAGAUAAUACCAGAGAAGAAUUCACUAAGACAGACUUACAGCAGCUGUGCCAGGCUCUGCUUAACCCAAGAAACAGUAUGUCUAGCAAGCACUGCUAUGAAGACUGAAAAUUGCGUGGCCAAAACGAAACUUGCCAAUGGCACUUCCAGUAUGAUUGUGCCCAAGCAACGGAAACUCUCAGCAAGCUAUGAGAAGGAAAAGGAACUGUGUGUCAAAUAUUUUGAGCAGUGGUCAGAGUCAGAUCAAGUGGAAUUUGUAGAACAUCUUAUAUCCCAAAUGUGUCAUUACCAGCAUGGGCACAUAAACUCCUACCUAAAGCCUAUGCUGCAGAGGGAUUUCAUAACUGCUCUGCCAGCACGGGGUUUGGAUCAUAUUGCUGAGAAUAUUUUGUCAUACUUGGAUGCCAAGUCACUAUGUGCUGCUGAACUUGUGUGCAAGGAAUGGUACCGCGUGACGUCAGACGGUAUGCUAUGGAAGAAACUCAUCGAGAGAAUGGUCAGGACAGAUUCUCUGUGGAGAGGCCUGGCGGAGCGAAGAGGGUGGGGACAGUAUUUAUUCAAAAAUAAACCUCCCGAUGAAAACGCUCCUCCCAACUCUUUUUAUAGAGCACUUUAUCCUAAAAUUAUACAAGAUAUUGAGACAAUAGAAUCCAAUUGGAGAUGUGGACGACAUAGUUUACAGAGAAUCCACUGUCGAAGUGAAACAAGCAAAGGAGUUUACUGUUUACAGUAUGAUGACCAGAAAAUAGUAAGCGGCCUUCGAGACAACACAAUCAAGAUCUGGGAUAAAAGCACAUUGGAAUGCAAGCGAAUUCUUACAGGCCACACAGGUUCUGUCCUGUGUCUCCAGUAUGAUGAGAGAGUGAUCAUAACUGGAUCGUCGGAUUCCACAGUCAGAGUGUGGGAUGUAAACACAGGUGAAAUGCUAAACACAUUGAUUCACCAUUGUGAAGCAGUUCUGCACCUGCGUUUCAAUAAUGGCAUGAUGGUGACUUGCUCCAAAGAUCGUUCCAUUGCUGUAUGGGAUAUGGCCUCACCAACUGACAUCACCCUCAGGAGGGUAUUGGUGGGACACCGAGCUGCUGUCAAUGUUGUAGACUUUGAUGACAAGUAUAUUGUUUCUGCAUCUGGAGAUAGAACCAUAAAGGUAUGGAACACAAGUACUUGUGAAUUUGUAAGGACCCUAAAUGGACACAAGCGAGGCAUCGCCUGUUUGCAGUAUAGAGACAGGCUGGUGGUGAGUGGUUCAUCUGACAACACUAUCAGAUUAUGGGACAUAGAAUGCGGUGCAUGUUUACGAGUAUUAGAAGGCCAUGAGGAAUUGGUACGCUGCAUUAGAUUUGAUAACAAGAGGAUAGUGAGUGGGGCCUAUGAUGGAAAAAUUAAAGUAUGGGAUCUUAUGGCUGCUUUGGACCCCCGUGCUCCUGCAGGCACUCUUUGUCUACGGACACUUGUGGAACAUUCUGGAAGAGUUUUCCGACUCCAGUUUGAUGAAUUCCAGAUUGUCAGUAGUUCACAUGAUGACACAAUCCUCAUCUGGGACUUCCUAAAUGAUCCAGCUGCCCAUGCUGAACCUCCCCGCUCCCCUUCUCGGACAUACACCUACAUCUCCAGAUAAAUAACCCAACACUGAUCUCAUACAUGCCCAGGACUCAUUAAUGUUGCAGUAUUUAACAUAUCUGCCAAGAUCAGGAUGAACAACAGCAACAAUCAAACACCUACCCGGAUUCCCCGGACCGAUCAGCAAGGAGCAGGGCUUUGAGACUCCUAUUGGGACAUAGUCGGUCGGCAGCUGACCAGGACGGUCUGCUCAGCACAGCCGACUGCUUCAGUGCUGCUAUCAGAAGAUGUCUUCUAUCUUGUGUGAAUGAUUGGAACUUUUAAGCCUCCCCUCUCUUUUCCUCCUGCUUCCCCUCUGCACCUGUUUCUUUCCCAUUGGGUUCCAGGGAAAGAUGACUUAUAAAUAUAUUUAGUGUUUUGCCAGAAUCUUUCUUGCUUUGCCAUUAAGCAGAAGAACUAGUUUCCCCAUCUGGCCCACUUCUAGGAGACAAGAGAAUGCAGCUUCCUUGCAGAGAGUACCUGGUGUCCCCUAUUAACUGCAGGAGUGUCCAGUGUCUGGCCAGAGCAGCUCAGGCGAUUGCGUAGGAGGAAAGACACAUCCUUGGAGGGGGAGCAUGAGAGAAACACACACCAGAAGACCUGUGCCUGCUGCCUCCCUCUACUGUCUGGGUUUCUGUCUCUCUUCCCUCCUUCCCCCCAUGCUAUCUUCAACCUGUGAAGGUGUAUGGAGAGUGCCCUCAAUUAGAAUGAGGUGAAUCACCUAGAAAAUUUGACACUUGUGUUCAGUCUCAAUUUCCAGCCCAGACUUUUACUGCAAGUGACCCUGUGGUAGCAGUGGAUUCACAAACAUGACACUCAUCUCGUGCAGCCUUUCUCUCUCUUCCUUGCCCCUGCCCAGGGGGAGGGACAGGAAUGUCUUGGGCACGGUCAGUGGCUGAAUCUCCUCUGGACUCAGCAGUCUCCUUGAUUCCAUGUUGAGUGUGGAAGGGAACUGCUGAUUGCAUUUCCUCUCAUUAACAGUUAGAUGUGUAAUAAAAGGCAUUGUGCUUCAUCUUAAAUCACUGGCAAGGCUCAGCCUGCAGAAAUGUUUAGAGUAGCCAGUGCUAGGCACCCACUGCAUUCAGUACCAUGGCUCAUAUCUCUUUCUUAGUCUAAACCUGAGAGCUUCCACAUACCAUGGCUUCCCAGACCAUGUGCACAGUAGCUUAAGGUAAUCAGGAGUGAAACCCAAUCUCCAUUUAGGCCAGUAACCAUCCCAGCCUUGUGCUGCAGCCCCUUCUAUUUCUCCCAAACUCAGUAUUUGCAAAGGGGAUCAGGGUGAAGUUUGGUACACAGGGUUUACUAAUAGGGCAGAAGCUGUCUUCUCUUUCCUUCUCUUCCUCCUCUCGGCCUUAUUUUGUUCUCUCCUUUCCCCAGCCAAUAAUAAAUUCUUGCAGUCAGUGAACAGCAUAAGCAAGUGGACCUCCAUAGAGGCUAAGCUGACCUGGCCACAUGGAAAGCAGCACUGGGCCACCUUGCCAGUGGGUUUCAGACCAGAAGCCCAAGGGCCAGCCUGAGAGCACUUGGACUGUAAACCAGCUUGUUCUCCCCAGCAUGCAUGGGCCUGCUGAGGGAUAGCCUAGGCAUACCCUUAUUCCAUGAGGCUACAACACAGCCUCCCUCUUCCCUUGGAAGCUGAGCAGUCAGGCUAUUGUUGCUGUACCUAACCAUGUAGUUGAAUUUAAGAAAGCCACCUUUGAACCGGCUGCUAUUAAAAAUAGAAAUGAGCCAGGCAUAGUGGCGCACACCUUUAAUCCCAGCACUUGGGAGGCAGAGACAGGCGGGAUCUCUGUGAGUUCAAGGCCAGCCUGGUCUACAUAGUGAGUUCCAGAACAGCUGGGGCUACAGGGAGACCCUGUCUCAGAAAGACGAAAAAAAAGAAAAGAAAAGAAAAGGAAAUGAGAGCCAGUUCAGUUCAGCAGGAGAGAGGAAAGAGGACAUUUUCACUGUCUGAUUUGUAAGUAGUUGUCCCAACAUGUACCCAGAGUGAAUGUUGUUACAUAGCAAGAGGCAA